UUGUGAAGAUGUGGAGCUGGCUUUUCACUGUGACUGUCUUGCUGACCACUCUAAGACAUGCUGAUGCUCAAGGCAGGUGUAAUAAUGUUCAAGCAGCAGAUAUUGUGUUCCUCGUCGAUGGAUCUUCGAGUAUUGGUAAAACAAACUUCUUGCAGGUGAAAGGUUUCAUGACUGGAAUCAUAAAGCCUUUUGCCAGUUCUAUCAGCCACUCCAGGAUACGGGUUGGUGCAAUUCAGUACAGCGACACACCAAGAGUCGAGUUCACCUUUUCUACAUACCUGAAUGGUACAGAGGUGAUAAAUGCUAUACAGGAUCUUAACUAUAAGGGUGGAAACACACGCACUGGUGCUGGCCUCAAGUUUGUUGCAGAUAACUUCUUCAACCCAGUAUCCAGUCGGGAUGUCCCAAAGAUUGUUAUCCUGAUCACAGAUGGAAAGUCACAGGACAAUGUGCAGGAACCCGCACAGAAGUUGAGCAGUCAGGGAGUGCAUGUUUUUGCAGUUGGUGUAAAAAAUGCAGACAGAAAUGAAUUAGCUCAGGUCGCCUCCCAGCCAAGCGGGGAUUUCACCUCCUUUGUUGGGGACUUCAAACUGCUGAACACGCUUCUACCUCUCGUGAGUCCCCGAGUGUGCUCCAAAGCAGGAGGAGUCUAUGCAAGUGAUGAGGCAUUUUCUGGUCCAUCCAACAUUCAGUUCACAGGUCAGACCUCUGACUCACUCAGGUUCCGCUGGAGUCCAGCAGGGGGACCUCUGAGCGGCUAUGUGAUCCAGUUUGUGCCAUUGUCAGGCCUGGGACAACCUAUAACAGCAGAACUUCGUCAGGAGACAAUUGCUGCUAGUCAGAGGAGCUUUACUGCACGGGAGCUGAAGUCAGAAACAGACUACCUCGUGACUGUGUUAUCGCCCCAGUAUCCGAACAGUGUGGGAGAGUCUGUCUCUGGCCAAACAUCGAACCAGGUCUUACCAGGGGUCUCCAAUCUUCGCCUGGUCCAGGGGUUCUUCUCUCUUUCUGUGGCAUGGGAUCAAUCUUCAUCUGCUGUCCAGGGCUACAGACUCACCUACGGCCCACGAGGUCUCUCAGCUGAUCAGCUGUUGGUGCAGUCUCUGUCUUCCGACUCCACAUCCAGCACCUUGGAGUCCCUGCAGCCCAACACAGAGUAUGUCAUCAGCCUCUACCCACUCUUCCCUCAAAAUGCUGCGUCCCCGUCAAUCCUCAAUGCCCGCACAUUGCGCCUGGAGGCAGUGCAGCAGUUAUCAGUGGAGACGGAGUCAGAGGGCAGCGUUCGUGUGCAGUGGAGAGGUGUGAGCGGUGUACAAGCCUAUCGCCUGGUCUGGGGACCGUUUACAGGACGAAAUGUGGAGACUGUUGAGGUUUCUGGUGACAGUGAGUUCUACACUUUGUCUGGACUGCAGCCUGACACCGAAUACAUUGUGACUGUCAUCCCGCUGUAUGAGGGCAGCACAGAGGGCCCAGGGGCAACUGCAAGGUUCAACACAGAGCGCCAGGAACAACAGGUCCUCAGGGCAGCUACCACUGGCCCCUCCUCUAUCCGCCUCACCUGGAAACUCAUUCAGUCCUCUGAGGGCUUCCGCCUGGAGUGGAGAGAGGGAGAAGGAUGGCCGUAUUCAGAGCCUGUCCUUCCAAGAACGACGACGAGCUAUGAGCUAACAGGCCUUCAGCCCAACACAGAAUAUAUCAUCACCCUGUACACCCUGUUUGAAGGUCGCGAGGAGGCCACACCUGUUUCCACUGUGUCCAGAGAGGAACAGCCUGUUGGGAAGGUGUCCAAUCUGCGGGUGGUGGACUCUCUUGGCAGCACCGCCAGGCUCGGAUGGAUUGGUGUGGCUGGGGCCACCCAGUACCGCAUUGUUAUUCUAAACGCUGAGGUAGGGACAGAGGAAAUCCAUACAAUUCCUGGAAACCAGACAACCCUUGACCUGAGAGACCUGACAGUGGGAGUGUCUUAUGGUGUCACUGUCACGGCACUGGUGGGGGAUAAUGAAGGAGACCCUGUUACUGUCUACAUCAAACCUGAGCAAGGUGUUGGCAGAGUGACUAACCUCAGAGUGAUAAAUGCAAACAGUCGAAGAAUUCGAAUUGCCUGGACGAGUGUUUCUGAUGCAACAGGGUACAGGGUCACUUGGAGACAAGGCAACAGUCCAGAGCAGUCACGUCUUCUUGGGACGCAGGCCUCAUCCUUCACCAUAGAUGGUCUGCAACCAGAUGAGGCGGUAAUAAUUGGUGUUGCAGCUGUGGCUGAUCAGCAGGUUGGUGAGGUGGUGACUCUUUCUACGAAGACUAAUCCCCACAGUGGAACAGUGUUCGGCCUUCGCAUUGUCGAUGCCACAUCUCAAAGGAUACGCAUUGCAUGGUUACCUUCCUCCAAGGCAACUGGCUACAAGAUCACGUGGCGGAGUGAUGAUGGAGUGGAAGCAUCUCAAAACGUGGCUGCUGAUGUCUCCUCCUUCACCAUCGAUGGGCUUCAAUCAGAUGCUGCCUACAGAGUUUUGGUGUCCACACUCACUGGUUCUCGAGAGGGAAGUCCUGCCACUCUCACUGUCAGAACAGAGCCAGAUGAUUCUAUCAUUGGGACUGUGACAUCACUGCAAGUCCAAGAAAGUUAUGGAGAAGUUGUCAGAGUUUCCUGGGUUGGUGUGCAGGGAGCAACAGCUUAUCGUGUGUCUUGGAGAAGAACUGAUGGUGGUGAGGAGAGGAGUCAGCUGGUCGGGGGAGAUGUGACAGCAGUGGAUUUACAACAACUGGACCCUGGAGUUCAGUACGAAGUACGGGUCAUGGCUUUAGUCCAGAACAGAGAGGGAAACCCCGUGUCUGUCAGAAUCACCACACCUGGUGUCGAUCCCCCUUUACUGCCUCCCACAAAUUUGCGAGCGGCUGAGAUUACUCAGAAUUCUGUGCGGUUGGGAUGGACGCCUCUACCCGGUGCCACAGGGUACAUCCUGAGCUGGAAAGACGAAACCGAUUCAGGACAAAGGCUGUCCGUUACACUUCCUGCUUCAGCCAGCUCCUACCAGGUGACCGGGCUACGUUUGGGUCGUCAGUAUCGUUUUACUGUCCAGCCAACCUUUGCUAGUGGGCUGGGAGCUGAGACAUCUUUGAGCGAACGCACCGUGUGCGUAGGCGGCCGUCUUGAUGUUGUAUUUCUGGUGCCGGCAUCUACUGACCGGCUCAGACUCGCAGAACCUCUGCGUGCACUCCUUACAAGUGCAGCAGGUUCACUGAGCACCAUUGGACCCCGAGACUCACAGGUGGGAGUCGUAGUUUAUAGUUACCGACCCAAAGUCUGGUUCCUGCUUAAUCGCCACGACAGAUAUGACACACUGUUUCAAGAGAUCCAGUCCACACCAUUUGAUGAAAUCCCAGGAAAUAACAUUGGUGAGGCGCUGACAUUCACCAGACAGUUCCUUCUGACAACCUCAGCUGGACGGAGACCCCAAGUACCUGGUGCUGUUGUCAUCAUUUCUGACAAAAGAUCUGUUGACAACCUCACACUGGCAGCCAACAAUCUCAGAGCGACAGGUGUGACCGUGUUAGCAGUGGGUGUAGAACAGGCUAACACUGAGGAGCUGCGGCGGGCUGUGACGGAUGGCAGCCCCCAGAACAUCUUGUAUGCUCAGGAUGGAGCACAGCUGGGAACUGUGCACAGUGAUCUGGCAGACUUACUCUGUGGUAUUGCCAGGAUACCCGACCUACUUCCAGGUCCACAACUGUGUACCAUUCAGUGCCCUCAGGGUGAAAAGGGAGAACAUGGAGAGAAGGGUGAGAGAGGUAGAGAUGGUUUUCCUGGACGCCAGGGAGAGCCUGGUCGUAAUGGUUUGCCUGGUAGGGAAGGCCCCAGAGGCCCUGAAGGGCGCCCUGGUCCACCAGGUCAAUCGAUUCCUUCAGAACCCUCUGUAGGGGUGAAAGGGGAAAAGGGGGAGAGAGGUUUUCCUGGUAUUGAUGGAAAUCCGGGGCUGCCAGGACGACCUGGGUCCCCUGGAUCAGCAGGGGUCCCGGGUUCACAAGGUCUACCUGGUAUCAGAGGGGCCCCAGGUCAGUCUGGUACGACUGGGCCUCAAGGACCAAAGGGUGACAGAGGUGAAAAGGGUGAGCCAGGCUCAUCUGUAUCCGGAGGAGGUCUUCUAGGGAGGAAAGGAGAACAGGUGGUCCCAGGAAUACCGGGUACCCCAGGCCGACCUGGCAGCGACGGGGCUAAAGGUGCUCUUGGAAUUCCAGGGACACCAGGUCAGGAUGGACGCCCAGGAUUACCGGGAACACCAGGCCUCUCCAUCAAGGGAGACAAAGGCAGCCCAGGAGACAGGGGGCCUCCUGGAGUUGGCAGUGGUGUGGCCAUAAAGGGCGAUCAGGGCUCCCCAGGAGCUCCAGGACCUCCAGGGGCUCAGGGUCCUAGAGGGCUAGCUGGACCACAGGGCAGCAAAGGAGACAAGGGCGAGAGUGUUCAAGGCUCAGCGGGACCUCCAGGGAGGGCAGGAGAGCCUGGGGACAGGGGUCCUCGUGGGCCUCCGGGAGAAAUCGGCAGCAAGGGUGACCGCGGACAGCCAGGUGAGCCUGGAUUACAGGGAGACAGGGGGGAGAGAGGACUGGGUGGUGAAAGCGGAGAGAGAGGGGACCCGGGUAAGCCAGGACUCCCAGGACCACCAGGACUGAGGGGGUUAGAGGGCCCCAGUGGACCAACAGGAGAAAAGGGAAACAAAGGUGUACGAGGAGAACAUGGGAGAACUGUUCCAGGGGCUCCAGGAAAGAAAGGAGAACAGGGAGAGCCGGGCCCGCCUGCUGCUGAUGGUGCAAAGGGAGAAAAAGGAGAAGAGGGGCCGAGAGGCGAGAAAGGGGCCCCGGGCUCAGGAGGAACAGACUUGGCUGGACCUAAAGGAGAGCGUGGAGAACGAGGACCUCCUGGUAUCAGCGGAAAGCCGGGUUCCAAGGGUGAACCUGGUGAACAAGGAGAGAACGGGGAGAAUGGCCGGCCAGGAAUACCCGGAAAGAACGGUCUUCCUGGGAAACAGGGAGACAAAGGAGACAAGGGUGACGAAGGUGUUCCUGGGGAAUCUGGUCUUCCCGGGAAACCAGGAGAAAGGGGACUUAGGGGAUUGGCGGGUCAGCCAGGACGUACUGGAGAGAAAGGAGAGCCUGGAGACCCGGGAGAGCAAGGGCGAAUUGGAAGCCCUGGACCUGCAGGUCCAAGAGGAGAGAAAGGAGAACAGGGGCCUCAAGGCCCUGCAGGACCACCUGGAAAAGUGGCUGACAUCCAGGCUCAGUUGAAAGGAGACAGAGGGGAGAAGGGUGACAGUGGUGACCCAGGAGAGCAUGGCAGCAAAGGUCAAAAAGGUGAAGCAGGGACUCCUGGAAACCCAGGAACACGAGGUCCUGAGGGACAGCGUGGUCCUGCAGGUGCAAGAGGGGAUGCUGGAGAAAGAGGAGCAUCUGGAGACAAGGGAGAAAGAGGAGCAUCCGGGUUAGAUGGUCGUCCUGGUGUGGAUGGAAAAACAGGUGCACCAGGGCCACCGGGCCAGAGGGGUGAUCCUGGAAAACAGGGAGAUCCUGGGAGAGAUGGUUUAUCAGGUCUCAGAGGGGAACAGGGUCUUCCAGGGCCCGUGGGGCCUCAAGGCGCUGCUGGCAUACCUGGUAAAGCAGGUGAAGAUGGGAAACCUGGGACUCCUGGGAAAAUGGGUGAAGACGGUCUGCCAGGUGAAGAUGGGAGAAAGGGUGACAAAGGAGAAUCAGGAGCACCUGGAAGAGAUGGCCGUGAUGGGCUGAAGGGAGAUCAUGGCCUUGUUGGGCCUGUUGGCCCCCCCGGUGUUCCAGGACCCUCCGGAGCACCUGGCAGCAUUGGUCCUCCAGGACAGGUUGUGUAUGUUAAAGGAGUAGACACUGCACCAAUUCCAGGACCACAGGGGCCUCCAGGGACCCCAGGUGUACCUGGGAUCCCAGGAGCUGCUGGAGCCAGGGGAGAAAGAGGUCCUCCUGGCCUUAAAGGUGAAGCUGGAGACCCAGGAGAGGAUGGGACACCAGGAAAACCUGGAACAGCAGUGGAUGUACAGAAGGCUCUGGCAAGCUUUGGUAUUCAGUUGUCUGAUCUGAAGGGGCUUGUUGACAAUAAGGAUGUACUAAUUAGUCAUCACGUGCCGAAGGCAGAAAAAGGUGAAAAAGGAGACAGGGGUGAGCAUGGACUGAGGGGUCCACCCGGUGUAGAUGGUGUUCGUGGUGUUCCAGGAGAUAGGGGUCCAAAAGGAGAACAAGGAGAACGAGGACCUGUGGGUUCAACAGGGCCUCCAGGACGUGCCAUUGGAGAACGAGGACCAGAGGGACCCCCAGGACCAGCUGGAGAGCCAGGCAAACCAGGAAUACCGGGUGUUCCUGGCAGAGCUGGAGAAUUAGGGGAGGCUGGAAGAACAGGAGACAAGGGGGGCAGAGGCGAGAAGGGUGAUAAAGGAGAAUCUGGAAAGACUGGGACAGUGGGGCCAGUUGGCCCACCAGGUGAAAAGGGAACAUCUGCUGAGUCAGUGCUGACUGGUGUGCCUGGAGUCAGAGGUCCUCCAGGUCUUGCAGGACCAAAGGGAGAGCCUGGUGCGAUAGGACCUCAGGGACCAAAAGGAGACCAGGGUUUUGUGGGACCUCGUGGUGAUAAAGGAGACAGAGGGGAACCUGGAGAAAAAGGGCGUGAUGGAUCACAAGGAACAUCAGGAGAAACAGGGAAACCUGGUGUGGAUGGGAAACCGGGCCUGCCUGGUUUCCCAGGAGUUCUAGGCAGACCGGGAAACCCAGGAGAACCUGGUAUAAGGGGGCCAGCUGGCCCCACGGGUCCCGCUGGAGCUCCAGGUCCACCAGGUGUGAAGGGUAAUCAAGGAGAAGCUGGUGUUGGUGUCCAGGGUCCUCCUGGAACCCAGGGGAAUAUGGGUCUACCAGGACCACCAGGUCCUCCGGGAGCUGUUGGUCCACAGGGUCCUCCAGGGCUGCCAGGACAGGUGGGUGAAGCAGGCAAACCAGGAGUCCCCGGAAGAGACGGGGUGCCCGGUAAAGAAGGAAUUCCUGGUUUACCGGGAAAGCAGGGCAUUACUGGACCUCCUGGCCAGCCUGGCUUAAAGGGGGAACAGGGAGACAGUGGUCCUCCAGGGAAGGCUGUGGCUGGACCUCCUGGGCCAAAAGGAGAGAAGGGUUUUCCUGGUCAGACUCUUCCUGGUGCUUCAGGAGAGAGAGGUCCACCUGGCCUAAGUGGUGUUCAAGGAGACAAAGGAUCUCCAGGCAUCAAAGGAGAAAAAGGUGUGCCUGGUGAUCCAGGAGAUCCAGGAGAAGAUGGGUCACAAGGACCUUCUGGACCAAAAGGAGAUAAGGGAGAAAAAGGCAUAGGAAUGGCAGGUCCUCCAGGUCGUGAUGGACCUCAAGGUUUAAAGGGAGAUCCAGGCCUUCCUGGUCCAGCUGGUCCAACAGGACAGCCGGGUAAAGAAGGAGUCAAUGGGCCUCCUGGACUAAGAGGAGAAAUUGGACAACUAGGACCUCCUGGACAACAGGGGGAGCGGGGUCUUCAAGGAUUUCCUGGUCGUCCGGGUAAUGUAGGACCUCCUGGUCCUCCUGGACCACCUGGUCAGGAUGGCUCUCCUGGUGCAGAUGGGAUCAAAGGUGACAAGGGCGAGACUGGAGUUGGAGUCCCAGGCCCAAGAGGAGAAAGAGGAGAUCCUGGACCCAGAGGUGAAGAGGGUCGAGCUGGUGUGGAUGGGGAGCGAGGAACAACUGGAUCUCCAGGGAUUCGUGGUGCUCGGGGAGACAAGGGAGAGGCAGGACCACAAGGUGACAAAGGAGACAAGGGAGACACAGUGUUGGUGGGAGGACCUCCUGGAGACAAGGGUAACAAAGGCGAACAAGGUGACAGAGGCCCCAAAGGUGUGCAGGGAGAAAAGGGGGUGAAAGGUCAAGAGGGCUCUCCAGGAGAGCAGGGUCUGAGGGGAGAAGCGGGAGAGAAAGGAUCCACUGGAUUCCCUGGUGCUCGUGGUCCUGGUGGACAGAAGGGAGAAGCAGGUCAACAUGGUGUGCCCGGUGAAUCCGGUCCACCAGGAAUAAAUGGGCUGCCAGGGCAUAAAGGGGAUAAAGGAGAAAUUGGUAUCACCGGAAUACGAGGGAUUAAGGGUGACCAAGGGCCCAAGGGGGCAUGUGGGGGUGAUGGACCCAAAGGAGAGAAGGGAGAUGCUGGAAUCCACGGACGAUCAGGUCUGCCAGGAAGGAAAGGAGAACAGGGAGAUAGUGGACCUCCUGGUGCCCCUGGUACCCCAGGAAAAGAGGGCUUAAUUGGUCCAAAGGGUGGUCGUGGGUUUGAUGGCAUUUCAGGGUCCAAAGGAGCUCAAGGAGAUAAAGGUGAAAGGGGUCCACCUGGUAUACCGGGCCCUUCUGGUCCCAGAGGAGUAGAUGGAGCACCUGGCUUGACUGGCCCUCAGGGAUCAGCUGGUGAUAAGGGCCCUGAGGGGCUCCAGGGACAGAAGGGGGAGAGAGGACCCAUUGGUCCCGCCAUGGUUGGCCCACGGGGUAUCCCCGGGAUUCCAGGAGAGCGCGGGGAACCGGGGGAGAUGGGCACAGAUGGAAUCAAGGGAGACAGAGGAGAGCCAGGCAUGACGGAAGAUGAGAUCAGAGAAUAUGUUCGUUCAGAAAUGAAUCAGCACUGUGCCUGUGGAGGUUUAACCCCAGAAGCUCGACAAAACCUUGACAGCUCAGUCAGGGCUUGGCCUGCACCAGAGCAACAAGUUGACCUGAAGGGUCGUGAGGUGCAUGUGGUUAUGAACACCAACGACCCAGACUAUGAACACAUCUACUCCAUCGAGGCCUACGAUGAACCCUUUGACAACUUGCUGUUCUAUGUUCCCUCUGCUAACCAGACUGAUGGUGAGGCUGUCAGAGACGAACCUGAGAAAACUGUCAAACCAAACAAAUCAGCCAGUGCUGAUGCUGAAAGAGCAGCAAAAGUUAAUGGUCAGAGCGCAGACAGUGCUGCACCUGUGAAAACAGUCAAGUCCAAGUCAGUCAGGUUGAAGAGGAGAGUCAAAGGUGAAGCUCCUGCAGAGCUGUGCCUGCUGCCCAUGGAGGAGGGCAGCUGUGGACGGUACACGCUGCGCUGGUACUUUAACAGCCAGGCUCACGCCUGCAGGCCCUUCAUCUACAGCGGCUGCCAAGGAAACGACAACCGCUUCCUUCACCUGGAACAGUGUGAGGAGGUCUGUCUUGGGGAGUCUGAAGGUACUCCCUUCAAGAGAGCGCGGUGAUGGUGGCCAUCGUCUCCUCGAUCACUGAAAAUCUUGCUUCUAGAGACUGUUUUGUCACACAAGUCCACAAUCACUUUUUAUUGUUGUUUAUUUAUUGUUUCUUUAAACCCAAACAAAUAUUUACUCUCGUUUGAGAAAGAAUACCAGAGGAUGUUGUGACUUCUUGCUUUUCCAAAUUAUUUAAGUAUUUUCACAAAUAAAUAGCAAAAA